UCUUUCGCCCCUACGCCCAAGUUCCGUGAUCGAUUUGCGCGUCAGAACCACUUAGGACCUCCACCAGCAUUUCUCCCGGCUUCGUCCCGCUCGGGCCUAGUUCACCAUCUUUCGGGUCCCAACGCGAGCGCUCUUGCUCCGCCGAGGCCGUAA